GAUAAGCUCUGCCAAAAACAAAAACCAAGUUGACAACUUGAGAAAGAAGUCGAGCGACUUCUUCAUACGUCACCUUACAGCCAUAUCAUACAAAACCCUAGAAGGAGUUCUAGAAGUUCAUAGGUGAAAGAGAGAGACAAAGGAUUACUUGUCAAGAAACGUUGAUUUUAUUAUCUUUGUGGUUUUUAGAAAAAUCUUGAAUAUCUUUCAUGACUGGGAUGAGGGAUGCAACCAAGGAGAGUUCUUGUUCAGGGAGUAGUAGCAACAGUAACAAGAACUUGCGGAGGAGACGCAAUGGUCGUGAAGCGCUGGAGGAUACGCUUGAUAGCUGGAAGAAGCGAAGUAAACAUGGUGAAAUUCGUAAGCCUCCGUCCAAGGGCUCUCGAAAAGGUUGUAUGCCAGGAAAAGGCGGACCAGAGAACCAGACUUGCAAAUACAGAGGUGUUAGACAGAGAAUCUGGGGCAAAUGGGUUGCAGAAAUUCGAGAACCCGCUGGAAAGACCAGCCUUUUGAAUGCUGCACCAGGGCAUAGACAUUGGUUGGGUACAUUUUCAACUGCCAUUGAAGCAGCUAGAGCUUAUGACAAUGCAGCAAGGGCUAUGUAUGGUUCUAAUGCCAUCCUCAAUUUCCCUGACUACCAUUCGGAAACUGAGUCUACAACAACGUUGAAUAGUUGUGAGGAUGACCAUAUUGAGAAAUCAAAAACCCAUUGCUCUGGAGUUGGUGGAUUGAAAGAACUAAAUGAAAAAUUAGGCUCUGGUGGGAUUUUUGUUGCUAAGAAAUUGAAUGAGAAGCUUAACAAACCAGAGGUGACAGAAAGCAUUUCAAGAGAGUUGAAAGAUGAUGAAUGUAUUUCAAGAACUGAUUGCAGAUCUUCUCAUGAUCUUGUUAAAGCUAAACCAAUCAUGCUGGUGAAAAAAAUGAAAGAGGAAUUUGCAGAAGCUACGGAAUGCCCUGGACAUCAUGGCAUCAAUGACAAAUUUGACUUUUCGCAGAGUGAGACCAAAAAUGUUAAAGCUGAAUGCACUGAUUAUGAGUGUUCAAACGAAAUUGCAGUCCAGAUCCCCGCAGUGGAAGAAGUAGAAGAAGAGCUUGGGAGAAGUAUGGAAUCAAAUCAAUAUGAUGGGUUCAACAAUAUGCACAUGCCUUUCAAUAAGGACUGUGAUUUGAGAACUGAUUGUAAACCCUUUAAUGACGUUGAGAAGCAGAUGGUGAGGAAAGUAAUGGAGGGAGAAUUUAAAGGGAUUAAUUCUGGUUACUGUAAUCACUUCGAGGUGGCAUUGAGAACUCUGCACUGCAAGGAGAGAGGAAUGCCCAUGAUCACUUUGAAUUGGACUCUACAAAUUACCAGCACAGUAAUCCUUCUUCUCAAUUGCUGAACCCAAAAGCCGAUCCACGAGGCAGCACGAAGCAUGCAGAAGAAGCAAAUGGAAACAUGGAUUGCAUAUGGGAUUUUGACUGGGGUGCAAUGGAAGAGCUAGAAUGGAUUGAGUCAUGGGAUUCUGGAUUCUAGACUUCUAGUCUAGAGGCUUGAUAGAAGCAGUAGAAAUAUUAGUAAUAUCGGACCAUGACCAUUUUUUUUUCUCCAAAUUUUGAUGAGAUCUGUGCUUAGUUACUCAUUCUCAUAUUAUUUGUGGAUUCUUCAUUAAUCUUUGGCAAACAACUUCUUGUAUUGGUCUUUAUGCACUUUUUUCUUUAAUUACCAAUAAUAUUCAAUUACCAUUUUAAUAUAA